AUGAGAACAAAUCUCAAAUCUGAUGGACGUUCUGCUAGUUCUACCGACAACUAUACUGAAAUAAAGAGCAACCAACAUCACUUUAAUGAAGUUAUAUUUGGAGGUUCUGAGAGCACAUCAAGAAGGACCAGUGAAGUAGAAGAAGAUGCUUUCAAUUCUUCUUCUUCUUCAGUGAAAGGAAGAGUCAGAACGAGUAGGAGAAGUGGUACGCUACGUUCAAAUAACUUCAAAGAGUCCCAGUCCUUGAGUUUCGACCAAGUGGAAAAAUGGCGUCCACGAUUAUUUCGACAGACGUCAACACCAACAAAGUCAUCUACCUCUGAUCGUGUCAGAGGAUCAGCAGAUACCUUGAAAGAGGAUGAUAAGUCAACCAAUCAUUCAUCAACCCUGGAGAUUGAGGACUCGCUUGAGUUUCAAGAAGACCUGAAUAAUGCUAUGGAUUACGCGAAUCCAAAUAAUGGGAAAGAACUCAAUGCGAAGAUAGGCAUAAAAGGAAAUGCCGAACAGAUUGUGUACGGAAAGUGGUUUGAUUUCAAUGAUGAUGUGGUUACUGAAAUUAGUAGCGAGAAUUUUAAGAAUGUCUUCCAGGGUCAUGAGUGCGCUUACAUGCUGUUUUACAGAAGGCGUAACAAGUCAAACACUUAG